GGCGAGUGGCAUUGAUUCAUCAUCAUCUGAUCGGCGCUUAGAGGAUAAGAAAAAAGAGCAGAGCAAAUUUUAGAAGCUGAUGAGACUUAUGACGACGGAGGAAGAAGAAGAAGAAGAAUGGCGAUCACCUCACGAGGUUUUGUUGAUUGUUCUUCCUUAUCUUCAUUCUUUGUUCGAGCUUUUCUCUAUGACUCGCGUUUCGCGAUCGCUCAGAGACGCUAUCAGAGAUGAAACCGCUUUGUGGACAGACAUCGUCGUUGAACCACCUCUGAGUUCUCGUCUUACCGAUGAUAUCCUAUCGGAGAUCACUUCCAAAUCCGCCGGAAAGCUUAAGACUUUGACUCUCCGUCAAUGUCUUAGGGUCACCGACAAGGGCCUCCGACGUGUGGUUGAUGCGAAUCCUCUCAUCACUAAGAUAAUUGUGCCGGGAUGCUCGGGAUUGACUCCAGAAGGAAUCAUGGAAUGUGUUAUAAGCUUGUCCAAGAACGAUCAUAAGGUGGAGACACUUCACAUCAAUGGCGUCAAUGGCUUCACCACACAGCAUCUCUCAGCACUUUUGACUUACCUUUCUUCCGAGGGAGCAAUCGACCUCGAGGUCUGUCCCAAAUGCGAUGAAGUAAGGAUGAUUCCAGCUUGCUCAAGAGAAUCAUGUAAGCGGAAGCAAACGAAUGAACGCAAGUGCAGGGGAUGCUGGCUUUGUAUCCCUAGAUGCGCAGAGUGCUCAGUUUGCCUUGGACCAGACAAUGAGAGUCAAGAAGCAGCCUGUGGUAAUGACGACGUUCUGUGUCUUGAAUGUUGGCUUGUGCUUCCCAAGUGCAGGUUCUGUAAUAAGCCUUACUGCACAAAUCACAGCAGUCGUCGACAUGAGAUUGCAACCACUGAUGCUGCGGCUCGGCCUUCGUUUGAAUGUGAAGCUUGUUACUAUAGGGCAGGUACAAACCCCUAUGAAGUCGACUAUCAAAUCUAAAAACAGCACUUGUUGCCUGCAACUUUUUGUAUUUUGUAUUGUGAUAUAUUCAGCGACAUUCAUGGAGUAAAAAGUAAAAAGAAAGAAUCAAGCUUUCAA